AUGUGCUUCGGGUCCAGCAAAGACUCCGACCCUUACUGGUGGGGAUAUAUCGACGAUGGCCAGGGGUGGACCGCUCGCCGCAAGUCAGAAUACAUGAAAACUCCAGAAUAUAAUUCUCAGCUUCGUCGCCAGUUACGCCAGGAGAAAAAGGAUCGCAAACGUUGUCCGGUGCCACAAAGCGCAUAUCGAAGCAGACACUACUAG